UAGAGAUGAGAUAAUCAAUGAGCAUUAGUUUCGGUUUGAAAGAUAACAUAUACGAGUAUAGUUCACUUAUAUAAUGUUGAAAAGGAAAGUAGAAAGUCCAAUAUCAAAUCGUAGAUGCAUAUAUAAUACAUAAAACGGAAACUAUUAUUCAUACGCUUCCGUCUUAACAAGAGGUCAAGCAGUGUUAUUCAUUUUACAAAGUGAUACAAUAUGGCUUUAUCGAAGUCACAAGAUGAAAUGGCGUUAGAGAGCCAGAAAAUGUUUCAAACGAUUGCCGCCAUAGAGCUUUAUCACGCACAGAGGGAAGUGGCAAACUAUCUUGAACUCGCCUACCUUAAUCUUGCUGACCACACUGAUGUAGCGAGAGAGGUACGGAUGACGGCCCACAGUGCGCGCACGCAACAUUUGAUGACGUCGGGUUUGAUGAAGAAAUUCACGGCGACGUCGUUUCACAUUGUAAAGACAAUGAUACCCAUAAUUCUUGAUGCUGUCGAACUACAGGACAGAGAUAUGAUCAUAGAAGCGUUUGGUCAGAUUAUUGAAAAUGCGGAAACUAUGAAAAAGGAAUCUGAAGAUACAAGAACAAGCUAUCUAAAGAUUCAGACGGAAAUUCAGAAAAACCUAGCAUCAGUAAACGACCGCAAUAAGGAUAUUGUCGAUAAGAAGAAAAAGAUUGAAAUUGAAAAAGUGAGAGAGAAAGAAAUGGCGAAGGCGGCUCAACUCGCACAAAAAGAGUUAGAUCAAGAAAGGAAACGUAUUGAUGAUGAACUGAAAACAUUGAAAUUAUACAGAAAUAGAAUGUAUGAAUCGGCAGAUGCUGCUGGCAAGGCCAUGUCUCAGGACAAUGACACGACAUUUAUGAGCUCUGUCGGCCCCUCUGAAGCUAUGGUUGGUCCUUCUGGAAUCGCUUUGAAAGUCGUAGCCAGUGUUGGAAACUUUUUUACCAACAUGUUCAAAGGCGACAAGAAAAUGAAAAUGUACAAAGAACUUCACAAAAACUACCAAGCAAGUGAAGAAAAUGUUCAUCGUGCAUCUCAAGAGAGGCGACAAGUUAUCGAUCGAGUCAAUGAGCAGAGAAAGGAGGCGUUAAUACGGCUGGCAAAGCUGAAGGAACUGACUCUACAGGAAGCUUCUUUGGGAAAUGUGGAGAGUCUCCGUGAAGCCUCACUGCAUCUCGGAGACGUUGACAGACAAUUCACUCGGAUCAUCCUGUUCUGGGAGAACAUGGCUGCUACACUGAAGUUUCUAAAGGAGGAUGUGAAAUCUGGAGAAGUCUAUUUGAAGAAGAUUGAGGAUGAGAGAUACGCAGAACGAUUCAAGAAGUCGAUUGGAAAGGCGGAAAGGGACUGGAAGUUUUUCGGAAGAAUUUGCAGCGAUUAUGUACAAGAAAGCGAUACCCAAAUCAGCCAUCUCUACAAUUUCCUAUCCAGCCCAGUGGACCAUAUGUCCACAGAUGACAGGGACUCGCGUCAAAAAGCUCUCCUGGCCUCCAUUGAAAGUGACAUUGAAUCUGCGUUCGGUGAUAAUGAUGAUUUGGAUGGAGAAACUACAGAGUAGAUUCUGCAGCGAUAUAUUAAGUGAUAUAUUAAUUGACAACGUUUACAAGUGAAUGCUAAGUGGCCUAUCGAUAGACUGGUUGGUGAAUAAAAUAAUUAAUUUAUUGUUCGGCUUAUAUAUAAAUUAAUUGAUUAACGGAUACAAUUAAAGACUGAUUUGAACUUCAUUAGAUUAAUAGUGAACACUUUUAACACACUAAUAAUGGCUUGUUGAUUAAAAGGGUAAUGCAUGUGUAUGAUAUUUUUAUAUAUGAUAUUAAACAUAUGAUAACGA